AUGUCUCAAAAUCAACGAGAGGCCUGGGAGCGCCUGCAGGUCAUGCUCUCGAAGCGCAAGGCCGGUUUCGGUGGCGGCUUCCCAUCCGGUGGUGGCCGAGGAGGCCUAGGACUUGUCGGAACUCUUGUUCUUGCUGGUCUCGGUACCUAUGUCGCGUCUAACUCCCUAUUCAACGUCGACGGUGGUCACCGUGCCAUUAAAUACUCGCGCUUAGGUGGUGUCAAGAAGGAAAUCUACGCCGAAGGAACUCACUUCCAAAUUCCUUGGUUUGAAACACCUAUCAUCUACGAUGUCCGCGCCAAGCCCCGCAACAUUCCCUCUCUCACGGGUACCAAGGAUUUGCAGAUGGUGAACAUCACCUGCCGUGUCCUGUCCAGACCCCGUGUGGAUGCUCUCCCUCAGAUUUAUCGUACUCUCGGCCAAGAUUUCGAUGAGCGCGUCCUUCCUUCGAUUGUCAACGAAGUUCUGAAGAGUGUGGUUGCUCAGUUCAACGCCAGUCAGCUUAUCACACAGCGUGAGAACGUUGCCCGUCUGGUGCGAGAGAACCUUGCCCGCCGUGCUGCCCGCUUCAACAUCGCACUUGAUGAUGUUUCUCUGACACACUUGACCUUCUCCCCCGAGUUUACCGCCGCUGUUGAAGCUAAGCAGGUCGCUCAGCAAGACGCUCAGCGCGCUGCAUUCAUGGUCGACAAGGCCCGCCAGGAGAAGCAGGCUUUCAUUGUCCGCGCACAGGGUGAAGCCCGCUCGGCUGAGCUCAUUGGUGAUGCUAUCAAGAAGAGCAAGAGUUACAUCGAGCUCCGAAAGAUCGAAAACGCUCGUCAUAUCGCCCAGAUCCUCCAGGAGAACGGCGGCAAGAACAAGCUCUACCUCGACACACAGGGCUUGGGCUUGAACGUCAAUGCUCACAGCGAGGAGGGCAAAUAA